GAAAACACCAUGUCAUCUUUCUGUGCACGACUGCAGUUUGUCUGAAACUCGUGGAGCACUCCGUAUUUACGAGGAGCAAAGAAAAUUACUUGUAAGAUUUAGGAAAGUAUUUGGACUCCGAUUGAAGGAGAGAGAACGCAAAGAUUCAAAGAGUUGUGAGUGAUCAAUAUGUCAAUCAAAGAAGCAGUGGGCUUAGGGCUGCUAAUGGGUCAGUUACCAGAGGAUCUGGAGAUCAGGUCCAACGUGGUGCGGGUCUUCAUUAGCUCAACAUUCUCAGAUAUGAGCAUCGAGAGGUAUACUUUAUUGGAAAAGGCAUAUCCAGAACUUCAAGCUUUCUGUCAGAGUUUGGGCCUAGUCUUUGAGGUUGUGGAUUUAAAAUGGGGAGUUUAUGAUGCAGUUGCUGUGGAUCAUAUGACCACUGAACUGUGUCUAGAGGAGAUACGAUCCUGUAAGAGGGUGUCUGUGGGCCCAAGCAUCACUGUUCUACUGGGAAAUUGCUAUGGACAUCGCCCUAUUCCCCGGCUGAUCCCAGAGAAUGAGUUUGAGCUGCUGUUGGCCAAAAUGGCUCAGAAUGAGGAGGGAAUAAGGUUGCUGAGGCAGUGGUUCUGGAAGGAUGAUAACUCUGCUCCGCCCACCUAUGUCCUGCAGCCAAUAAGCACUCACUUCCCUUAUUAUUCUGACAUUGGGUCUGAAGAUGGUUCCUCGCAUGACAGUGAUGUCAUCAGCUGGCAACUGACCGAGGCUCGGAUUUUGGGGCUUCUUCGUACUGCUGCCCUACAGGCUUCCGAGGACGGAGAUCUCAGCACAGAGCAGAAACAGAUAUACUUUAAAUCCGUGAGCGAGUGGGAGAUUGGACAGGGCCUCCUUGGGAUUCGAAACAGCAACCAGCAUGCUGUGGUUUUCGUGAGGGAAUUACCACGGCUGAAGAAGAACGAAAGCCAGGGAGCGCUCGGCAAGUUCAUUGACUUCACUGCAAAUGGUCUGGUAGAUACCGAAGCGCAGGACCUUCUGUCAGCGCUCAAGUCCCGCAUCUAUGCCACGUGUUCUGACUUUCUGAAUUUGCAUUGUUUGGAGCUUAGGAAAGGCAGAAUUAAUCCCAGCUGCAAAGAACAUGCCCAGUAUCUCCAAAGUUUCUGUGAACAAUUUGUUUCUCAAAUGAAGGCAAAGAUCAAGUGGGCAACGGCGCAGACACCAGAUCAAGAGUGGUGCUGGUUGCUGAAGGAGAUCAGCCAUCACCUGGUGCUAAGUUCCGCUAAGUGUGCCGUCUUUUGUGGAAGAGAACAUCUCUUGGGCAGGCUCUGUCUCCACAUGUGGGAAUCUGCCAGUGACCGUCACUCUCCGCUCGUUGUGCACGGACCUUCGGGAAUCGGCAAGACCGCGCUAUUGUGCAAACUGGCGCAGGAGAUGCGUGGGGUUCUGGGCCCGAAGGCCGUGGUUGUCCUCAGGCUUUUAGGAAGCUCUCCCUUGAGCUCUGACAUCAGCACUGUCCUCAAGAGCAUCUGUUUACAAAUAUGCGGAGCUUGUAGUUUGCCGCUGCCAAACUCACUAACCACCAACAACCACGAAGCUCUAACAAGGUUUUUUCAUCUCACUCUUACUAGGGUAUCACAAAAGAGGCAGCCACUCUUCAUUAUACUGGACGGCCUAGACUAUCUUUCAAAGACCUGUCAUGCUCACAGGCUAUACUGGCUUCCCAAAGAGAUUCCCCCAAAUGUCCAUCUUGUGGUGUCCACGCAGGAGAACAGUCAACAUAUCUUAAAUAACUUGGAGGGAUUGAUAGAACCAAAACACUUCUUUGAGGUUGAGCAGUUGACGUUUGAUCAAGCGAAAGAUGUCAUCCAUGCUUACAUGAGCAAAGUGAAGCGUCGCCUGACUCCAGAGCAGCACAAUGUGAUUCUGAGCAUCAUAAAGAUCUCUGGCAAUCCACUGUUGCUCAUGCUGGCUCUGAACACAGCGAGGCGUUGGGCGUCAUACACCCCGGUUUCAGAGGAACAGCUGGGCACCACCUUGCAGCAGGCUGUCUACAUAUUAUUGCAGGGCCUGGAGAAGAAACAUGGGAAGCUACUGGUCAGCUCUGCACUUGGAUACAUUGUAUCAUCAAGAGAUGGGGCAUCAGAGGCGGAGCUUCGUGACCUGCUUUCGCUGGACGAUGAGGUACUAGCUGAGGUGUACCGGUACAAGCUGCCUAUAAAUCACACUGUUGUCCGUCUUCCCCCCUUGCUGUGGACACGACUGAGGCAUGACAUUGAUGAAUAUCUACUGGAGAAAGAGGCAGAUGGAAUCAAGGUGCUUGGUUUCUGUAAUAGGCAUUUUACUGAAACGGUACAGGAGAUGUACCUGUCUUCAGAGCAGAGGACCAAGAGACAUCAGGUGUUCUCCGAGUACUUCCUGGGGUGUUGGAGCCAGGGCAGAGUCAAGCAUCUCCAGCUGCCUUCCUUUCAAACCAAACUGAAUGCUGACAGGAAGGUGAUCUCUCAGCCCUUAUGGUUUGCUGAGGGUGUUGCCAAUAAGCGAAAGCUACGAGAGCUACCCUACCAUCUGAUUCAUGGAGGGAGCUGGGAGGAACUGCUUCAGGAAGUCAUCGGCAAUGCAGAGUGGCUGUGGUGUCAGACCUUGACCUGUGGGGUGGCCAGCAUUAUCGAGGACCUGUCACUCUGCCUGGAGGUCCACGACUGUCCUGAGACAGAGCUGGUCCGAGACAUGUUCCUACUCAUGAAACCUACUUUGGACAGUAUAGAGGGACAGAUGGACCCAUCCCUCUUCUACACUGAGAUCUUCGCCAGGCUAUACUCCCUUGCUGAGAUGUAUCCUUCUAUCAUUGGUCGGCUGUACUCCCAGUGUCAGGACUGGUUCGAUUCAUCGCCCAAUCCAAUUCUUGUUCCCAGUUGUGGCUUCUUUCAGUCACCAGGGGGACCACUGAAGACAGUCCUCACUGGUUCCCAAAAAGGGAUCACUGGAAUGGAUAUUUGCCAAGAAAAACAUCUCCUGGCAGCGGGCACAACAGAUGGCAGUGUGAUAGUGUGGCACCUGGACGACCUGGGGGUCGCCUACACACUUACUGGGCACACAGAUGCCGUGCUGCAGGUGAAGAUAAUCAGCAGAGGGACCCGGUGUCUGUCCUUAGCGUGUGACGGAACACUGAGGCUGUGGAGUCUCCUGAGUGGCGGGCAGCUACACAUCCUGGACGAGUUUUCCACGGAUGCCCAGCUGCCGCCACAGAUCCAUGUGGUGGAAGGGAUGCCGCUGUUCUGCUCCUCAUGUGGAACAAAGAUAAAAGCAUGGCAGCUUGAAACUGCAGAACCACUCUUCCAGCUGGAAGGCGCUGGCGAGAAGCCGAUCAUGCUGGGGUUUCUGGGCGAGGCACUCGCGGUCCUCUCCAAUCCAGGACUCCUCACGCUAUACGACUCGUUUACUGGUGUGGAGAAGACACAGGUCUGCUUAACGGCCGAUCACCAGAAGCUGACAGCCGCAUGUACAGUGACCCUUCCGGCUCGAGACGGGCUGGUCGUCGGGUCCAAGGAGGGCGGCCUUUACCUGGUUUCAAGUCAGGGGUCACACGAUGUGGCAAGACUCUCCUCUCCAGUUUCAUUCCUCGUCCCUUCUGGCGAUGAAACGCUGCUGUGUGCAGGUUACGAGAAGCAGGUAGCCAUGUUCCACGUGCAGGCUGGCUCGAUGCAAAGGUUCCUGGCUCAGGCGUUCCAGCACGAGGACACUGUGUGGACGGCAGUCAUACCCGGCCUUCGCAGGCUGCUCAUCACCGGCUCCGAGGACCACAUCAUACGGGAGUGGUGUCUGUCCACGGGAGACCUCCUGGACUCCUUUGUUGGCAUGGGGGCCCGUGUCACAGGGUUGGUCAUGUACGGAGACACGGUCAUCGCGGCCUCCAGCGAUGCCCCGCCGCUGAAGCUUUGGCGGCUCAAUUACAAUCGCAAGCACAAGACCGCGAGCUGCAUCCCGGCCAGCGGGCCGCUCGUGACCCUGUCACGCGAUGGUGAGAGGGCCUGCUUCCUACAGCACGGUGACAGGAAGCAGGUCGUCUUGUGGGACUGCCUCACAGGAACUCCAGCUGAAACCAUCGCCGUGUCGUCUGAAGUGAGCUGCAUGGAGUUAGCCCAGAAGAAGAAGCUGCUCUUCUGCGGUGUGAAGACCGGCACCAUUUUGAUCUACCCUUUAGAAAACCUGCCUGAGACCCUGUGUCUCCCCCCGCCUGAGACUCUGCCCAGGGUCUGCUGCAUGGCGGUGAGCCAGGCGGAGGACAGGAUGGCCGUGGCCUACCAGGAAAGCAUCAGCGUGUUUGAGAUCACAGAGCGAGACAGAUUCCCCUGCGUGGAGGGUCCCUUUCAGACGCUGCCCCUGUCCCUGUUCCACUCUCCCAUCUCUUGCAUGGCUCUGCUGUCAGAUUGCAGGUUGCUUAAAGGUUCAAAUUGUGGGCAAGUCGCACUGUAUGACUUUAAAAAUACCUGCGUGACUUCCCUGGGGAGACACCAAACAAAGAUUACGUGCAUCACGGUGAGUAGGACGGACUCGCUCGCUCUGAUUGGCUCCCAGGACUCGGUCCAGAGGCUGUGGAGUCUGUCCCCUCUAAAGCUGCAUUACACGAUGGAGCAGCAGGGUUUCAUUUUAGAGGGUGUUCUGUGUUCAGCUUUUUCGGAAAACGGACAGUAUAUCUUCACAGGGUCCCAAGACCGAACUAUUAAAGUCUGGGAUGUCAUUAGUGGAAACCUACUAGUUAUUCAGUACGUCUACGCCCCCGUCACCACAAUUUUGCCAUACAAGGAGGGGUUUGUGGCAGUUUCACAGCUGGGUCAUGUGAUCAAAGAGAAAUUCCAGUGUCCAAGGCAAGUGAACCUGCAGGAUAGUCGACUCCAACACUUCCAGAGGCAGUACAGAAUCACACCCAGAGAGAGGGAGCCUGAAACUCUGCCUUCAACCACGACUAAAAGCACACAGCAGAAGUCUGCCCAACCCCAGCUUGCUAAGACUAAGUCUCUACACACAUGCUGUGUGUUAUAACACUAAGUGCCCUAAGCCUUCAGUACUAACUCACUCACCUACAGUUCCAGUCAAUACUCCUCAGGCACCUGAUUUUUAAUUGAAUGCAUUUGUCACUAUUUUGGCUGCGUUAUUCACUUUAUAGUAAAAGGCCUCGAAGAAAUGAGGUCAUAAAUAUCAAAUAAUUCAAUGACCAAGAGAAGUACUCAACAUCUCAACAUUUUCUCAAGUUUUUGACUAAUUUAAAAAGCCCCCAUAAUUGCAUUGCUGACUUGCAUUCAGCUUCCAAA